AUGAUCUCAGUAUCAAUACUCUUUGUGCUCCAAUUUACUUUGUGUUUAUCAAUUCGUGUACCAAUUGAAUGGAAUGACAAUAGUGAAGUGCAAAAAAAUAAUUUCAAAGACCAAAAUGAAUCCGAUAUUAAGACAUUCAAAUCACACUUUGUGCAUCAAAAAGCAAUCCCUAAAGAGUACUUUGAAUAUACAGCGCAAAAACCUCACUUUGCUACUGAUAUUGCCGCUUUUCAUGGUGUAAAGUCUCCUGAAAAAUAUUAUAAGACUUAUCCUAUAAGGCCAUUUACUGGUGUUAAGAAACCGGAGCUGGGAAAGCAUAAUAUUUUUGAUAAUAACAAUCAUAUGUUUGAAGCGUAUCGAGGGUUCGUUAAGGGCAACGAACAAUUAAGCUACGUUACACCGGCUUCAAGUAAUUUUAAUAUAUUUCACCCAUAUAAGUCUGAGGAACCAGCACUGAAGGCGAUAUAUCAAGAUCCUGUUUUAGAUAAGAUAAGAAAUGAUUUAAAGGAUAGUAAAGACCGUUUAAAAAAAUACGAAAACGAUGCUGGUGAACCCAAUAUCGAAAAAAAUGAGUAUUUAGAAAAACCAGAACAAACUGACCAAAAAAUAUUUCCUCAUAGGUCUUUACCAGUUCAUUUUGAGAUUCACAGACCGCAAAGACGACCUGUGUACUAUAUGCCUCCAGCAGUUAACAAUCACCGUGAAAAGAUUUUAAAUCACAAAAUAAGGCAUCCAUGGAACCAAAACUAUGCCAAAGUUACUCCAAUGCAUUAUCGUCCAGUGAAGAAUCAUUUGCAAAGAUUAAGACAACAACACGCCUUAAAAUAUGACGAUGAAAACAACGAGUAUCCCCAAAUUGAACUUCCUCAGGCAUAUGAAGAAAAACCGGAUGGUUACGAUAUUUACGAGAAAGGCAAGGAAAGGUUUACUAAAUUAAGACAUAUAAUCGACGAGUCAAUUAACGACGCUAUUAAUGAAAAUCAUCCAAGUAAUCAUCAAAACUUAGAACUUCAGAGUACAAAUAAUGAAAGUGAAAACAAUGAAGACAAUUAUGAAUUUGUACCUGUCAAAAACUACGCGCAAGUAAGAAAAACAGAGACAGUAAAGCAUCUUCCACGUGAUGCUGCUUUUCGCGACGCAGAAACCUAUGAUGAAUUUCAAAAUGCACCUCGCUUACGAGAAGCAAUAAAAAGCACUAAAGCGCAAACAGUUUAUUCGGAAGAAGGCUAUGAAGAUUCUGCUUACGAUCAUGCUGGAGAACAAAAACACGCAUCUGAUCAUGAAGGGCAUGGUGGUUAUUUGAAAGAAAAAGAGUUGAGUAAAGGUAAAUAUAAAAUACCUUCAUUCAGUGGAAAUUACGAAGAUGGAAAAGGAUUAACUUAUCACGAUAAUGUCUUACACGGUGAAAAGUGGAAGAAUGUGGCUAAUGACGAUGAAGAACAAAAUGACGAAGAAGAUUAUUCUGAAGACGAGAAUGAAUACAUUAUUAAAAGUAAUAAAUAUGAAGAUGCUCCUGUCAAAAAAUCAAUCAAUGAAAAUGUUAGCGUUGAUGAUGUAUCUGAAGCUGGUUCUCAACAUGACUUAAAUAAAAGAGAAGCAAUUUUUAAAGUACCUGAAGUAAAUUUAAGCUCAAACAAUUUUAACGAUAAUGAAGUACGAAAAGUUUCAUCAAAAAUACAGCCAAACAAAGCAAAUGAUUUAUCAAGUAAAUUUCCUUAUUACUAUAAAAGCUCAAUUAACAAAGAUUCACCUUUACGUUAUGCUGAAAAUUUUAAAAAUAUUCCAAGAAAAUCAAAUGGGGGCACUGAGUUUUAUGAUUCUCGUACUCAAUUUGAAUGUCCUGAGGUUGAAGAGAACGUUGAUCCCUUACCAAAAAAGUUAAAAAAGAAUAGACAUCCUGAUGAAAAUGAAGAUGGUGAUGAUGAGAACGUGGAGCAAAAUUUAAACCAAAAUAACGAUGAAAAACAAAGAUUAAAAGGGCUUGGUGACAAAAUUGAUUGCUUUAAAAUUAAGUACUUCGGCGAUAAUCCAUUAGAUAACCCAUUUUUUGAUGAAGAACUUAUUUCUAAUCCGGAACCGGUCACGGUACCUGCCUCGGAAAUAUUUAAAUUAUUAGGUCAGCCGAAAAAGCAAUUAUCGAAAGAAUCACAAAUCAAUAUUAAUUUAUUACCAAAACUCAUAAAUGAAACUUUAUUAAAUAAAACCGAUAACAUUUCACCAUACAAAUUAAGAAACCAUAAUUUCAACGAAGUCUUUAAAAUAAAUACUACGAUAAGUCCACAAAAUGAAGCGGAAGAUUAUAAACAACUAAUAAUAUCAAGAAAAAGACGAGCAACGCCGUUCAUUUAUGAACCCUAUAAAAUAAUAAGAGAUAGCCAAAUUCAAGAUUCAAAGAAAACGACAACAACAGGUAAUAUAAGCCCAUUAAUAAAGCAAUUACAGUCUAGUAGAGUAAUAGAUAGGGUGACAGUUAAUUCAAAAAAAGAUUCACCAGUUAAGAGAAACACAGCCAGUCUUACUUACAAAAAUAUUGACAGAAAGGAUAGGGAAAAAGUUCUUGAAAAACUUGAAAUUGAAAAUUCUAAUUCAACAUUUAUAAAUGUUAACGAAGACUCGCGGCAAAGUGAACCAAGAUUUGAACAAAGACCCGCUAACCAUAAAGCUCGUUACAUGCCUGUAGAAAACAAAAAGUCGAUGUCUCUUGAAGCUUAUACAAAUCAUAAAACUAAUAAUACAGGCCGUGAUAAGAUUAAUGAAAAUUUAGAAACAAGUGCAACAAAAAAACAGGCAAAUGACAAAUUUCAUAGUAGACCAAUAUUUGAUAUUACAAAGUACUUACCACAAUCUUUUGAAUUACAAAAAACAGAAGCAUCAAAUAGAGUAAAAACAAUUAAGGAUAUCCCGGAACAUAAGACAGUGCCAGAAAAAAAAGAAAUUUCUAUGUCCUCUGAUUCCCAGGAAAGCGAUGAAGACGCUGAAAAUUACGAUGAAUAUGAUGAAGAAGACGUUUUACUAAUGACAACAACUACAACGAAACCAACAAUUAGAAAAAUAAUUAGAAUCAUUACAACAACCAUCAAGCCAGAGAGUGAAAACAAUAAAGAUUAUAUUAAUAAACAAUCGCCUAAACUAGAAUUAGUUACAAGAUUCUGGAAUCCAACAAGAAAUAUUUAUGAUACAGUCAGAAAACCAAAGCAAGAAAAUAUCGCAACGCCAAUCGGUAGAGAACUGGAAGAUGACGAUGACAUAAUGAUUCCUAAGUACAGGGAAAAGAAAACGAAAAGUUCUAAAAAAACUAUAGUUACCGAUAGUAAAAGUUAUGGACAAGGGAUUGAUGACAUGAAGAAGGAUGAAGUCGAUGAGUUAAUUGGUAUUAAACACGAUAUGGAAGAAUAUAUGCCUCAUUACGAAAAAGAAGAAGAAAAAGACAAGCAAAUACAAAAAAAUUCUAAAAUAUCAAAAGAUAAAAGCAGUAGUUAUGAAAAAGAAGUAAAUAAUGAAAAUGAAAAUGACCAACAUGACGAAAAUGACAGCAGAGAUGCAGAUUACGAUAGCUAUGAAGCUGAAGAUGACGAUGAAGAGGAGAAUGAGGAUGAUUUAGACGAUGAAGAUGAAAAUGACGAUGACAUAACAAAUAAUAAUGGAAGCAGCGAAAGGGAAACUAUAGUAACAACAGAGCCAACUAAGCGAACUCUUGUAAAGACAACAAUUGCUCCUGAAGUGACCACUGAAGUACGCAGAAAGAAAUUAGAUUUAAAGCCAAUAAUAUCAAAGAAAAAAAUUGAAAUACACAAAGAACUACCAUCGGAAAAGUCAUCUCAAAAUACUACCCAAUUUAAACAAGACAUAAAAGAAAUUGAAAUAAUAAAAAAGUUCCCAGCCAGAAAGGCACAAAUCACACCACAAAAGUAUGCAGAGGUCCUACAAUUAUAUAAAGAUGAAAAUUUAGCAAAAGAAGUUAACAAUCUUUUUGAUGUGGAAGUAUUCAAUAGCGAUCUAGAUAUCAAGAAAGGCCCAAGACAUGGAGGAAAUUAUAGAAGUAUUGAGCCUCCAAAAAGCCACGAUUCUUCAAAAAAUGAAAGUUCCCUUAAAAAUGUCCAGUUACUAAAAGAUUCUGAAUCGUCACAGAGUGAUACAACAAAUCGUAGUGAUAUAAAGGCUAAUAAAUCUGAGAAAAGAAGCCUUGGAGAAAAUACAAAACCAAAAACUACCACCCAACGAUCGAGACGAAGUCGAGGUCAACGUUACAAAUUAUUACAACAUAGCAAUCAAUCAAAACCGGUAUUAGUCAAUAAUAUGCAUGGCGGCAAUUUAAAUUUGAAUAAAGAACAAUUGAAUGAAAUUCAGGAAAAAAAGAAUGAAAAGGAGAUUGAACUUAGUGAGGAACACGAUGAUAAUGAUAGUGAAAGUGCAACGGAGAAUAUGCAUGGCGGUAACUUUAAAACAUAUAAUAAUUUCAGAAAUGGCAAUCCUAUGCAUGGGGGUAAUUAUAGAAGUGCUAAAAUUACACAAUACGAUGACAAAAAUAAACAUAAUAAUGAGAAUCAAAAAGAUGAUCAUUUUAAGAAUAUCAGAAGAAAUUCGGCAGCGCUACUUGAUAGUUUUGCUCGUGCUGUUCCCGUGUUAACAACUACACCAGCCUAUAUAUUAGAUCCAAGCAAAAGAAUGUACUACUAUGUCGAUUCCUAA